AGUGGUAAGAAAGAUGAGAAGAAUAGGACCAGAGGAGAACAUUUCUCAUUUGAGGAUCAAUUUUCAUAUGACACCAAGCUGAGAACUGCACAAAUUUGUAAGAUGCUCCUUAGUUUGCAGAUGCCUGUAAAAUGGAUGGCGGCGGCGAUGAUCACAAAAACAACUGAGAAAGUAAUAAUUUGAAGCCUGCAUUUAAAGGCACUGAAGAUCUCUGGGCUACCUUGUUGGACUUCAUUACUGUAUCACACAGAAUGCAGAGAGGUACCUGGAGUAGUUGAAAAGUUGCAGAGGGUGACAAGUUUUCAGCACCAAUUCAACUAGAAGCAUGUGCUUCAGAAGUGAAGAAGUUGCUGAAACUCAUUCUGGAGAUCCUUUCUGUUCCCUGUUGUGGCAAAUAUAUGUCUAUUGGGAGAAGUGAUCAGUCAGAUAAGAGAAACUGGGAAACAACAACACAUCCAUUUAAUUUGAAGAUGUUCAGACUUUCACAAGCUCUCUGAGAUGUCUCUUCUGCCAAAUGAAAUUUUGUUCCUGUGAUUACCCAGCUGCUUCCAUAGAACAAGAACACUUAACAUGGCUCUCAUUCUGUAUGAAGCUGUGACUUUAUUUCUUGGCAUGGCAACAGCAUUUGGCCCAGUGCCCCGGAUCACCUGGGAACCCAGAGAAGUUCAUCUAGUACAUUUUCAGGAGCCAGAAGUAUUUAACUACUCAACCUUGUUACUAAAUGAAGACAAAGAUGUUUUGUAUGUAGGAGCUAGAGAAGUUAUUUUUGCUCUGAAUUCACUGGAUAUUUCAGAAAAGAAGCAUGAGGUGUUUUGGAAGGUCACAGAACAGCAAAAAACUCGAUGUGCAGAAAAGGGCAAAUCCAAACAGACAGAGUGCCUUAACUAUGUGCGUGUCUUACAACAGCAAAAUGACUCCUUGCUCUAUGUCUGUGGAACGAAUGCAUUUCAGCCAGUCUGUGAUCAUCUGAAGGUGACAUCAUUUGAACUUACGGGCAGAAACGAAGAUGGUAAAGGGAGAUGUCCUUUUGAUCCUGCACAAAGUUAUACAUCAGUCAUGGUUGAUGGGGAUCUUUACUCUGGAACGUCUUACAACUUCUUGGGAAGUGAACCAAUCAUUUCGAGAAAUUCGCCGCAAAAUCCACUAAGGACAGAAUAUGCAAUUCCUUGGCUUAAUGAACCACAUUUUGUUUUUUCUGAUGUGGUAAGAGCUGAUCCAGAUGAUGCCAAUGAGGAUGAUGACAAAGUAUAUUUCUUCUUCACUGAGGUUUCUGUGGAAUAUGAAUUUCUCAGCAAGCUGAUGAUUCCAAGGAUAGCUAGAGUUUGUAAGGGUGAUCAAGGAGGACAUAGGACUUUACAGAAAAAAUGGACUUCCUAUCUCAAGGCUCGAUUACUAUGCUCAAUACCAGAUAAAAACUUAUUUUUCAACAUUGUCAAUGAUAUCUUUAUCUUGAAGACACCGGACUCAAAGGAUUCAGUGAUUUAUGGGAUCUUCACCCCACAAUUGAAUAACGUAGGACUUUCAGCAGUAUGUGCAUACAAUAUCUCUACAGUGGAGGAUGUUUUUGCCAAAGGGAAGUACAUGCAGAGCACCACAGUAGAACAGUCUCACACAAAGUGGCUACGAUACAAUGGAGAGAUUCCCAGACCCAGGCCUGGAGCAUGUAUAAACAAGGAGGCUAGAGCAGAAAAUUUCAAGACAACACUCAAUUUACCUGACAAAACGUUGCAGUUUGCCAAAGACCAUCCUCUGAUGGACGACUCCGUAACCCCAAUAGGAGAUAGGCCUAGACUAAUAAAACGUGAUGUGAAGUAUACACAGAUUGUGGUAGACCAAGUUCGAGCAUUGAAUGGCACGUUGUACGAUGUCAUGUUCAUCAGCACAGAUCGAGGAGCCCUUCACAAAGCAAUCAGCUACAAAAAUGGAAUGCAUAUUAUUGAGGAAACUCAGCUCUUCCCUAACUUUGAUCCCAUUCAGACUCUGUUGCUUUCUUCGAAAAAGGGCCAGCAGUAUCUCUAUGCUGGAUCUAAUGUAGGAGUUGUCCAGUCUCCUGUUGCAUUUUGUGACAAGCACCGGACCUGUGUGGACUGUGUUCUGGCAAGAGAUCCAUACUGUGCUUGGAAUCCCCAUCUGUCUCUUUGUGUGGAUAUCUUUAAAGAAAGUGAGACUCAACAGGACUGGAUUCAGAAUAUAGGUGGAAAUGCUUCUUCUUGCACUGAUGAUGUAAGAGAGCGUUCCCUGCAGCAUACAUUCAAGCACGGGAGCACUGCAGAGCUGAAAUGUUCCCAAAAGUCCAACCUGGCCCAAGUGGUUUGGAAAUUCAAGGAUGACGUGUUAAAGGUGGAAAGCCCGAAGUACCGUCUUCUGGAGAAAGCACUGCUCAUUUUCAAUUUGUCGGAUGGUGAUAGUGGGGUCUAUCAGUGCCUGUCUGAAGAGAAAGUGAAGAAUCAAAAGUUCUCGCAGGUGUUGAUUAAACAUGUCUUGGAACUGAAGAAAGUCCACCCCCACACUCCAAGCCCAGCUCAGCCAACCACAAGGACAGAAGGUAAUGGAGAAGAACUCAAAGCAUCAGUUGUAACUACCCAGGGGUCUGCUGUGUACACGUCGACCACUCCAGUUGUAACUAUUGCAACAUCCAGGAUAGUAACAAACCCCAUUUUCCCCAACAUUAUGAGCACUGUCGCUGGCAUUGAACGCUCAGAAUUGGUUCCCGAAGUCCCUGAAAAGACUCUCUUUCUAAAGUCAAAUGAUAAUUCGCUUCUGAUGUCUCUUUUCCUGUUCUUUUUUGUUCUCUUCCUGUGUCUUGUUGCUUACAACUGCUACAAAGGGUAUUUACCAGACCAGUGUCUCAAGUUCCGCUCUGCUAUGUCACUUGGGAAGAAGAAACCCAAGGCUGACUUUUCUGAUUGUGAGCAAAGUGUAAAGGAGACCCUGGUUGAACCAGGCAGUCUCAUGACACAAAGUGGUGAACAUCCAAAACCAGCCCAUGACACAGGAUAUGAGACUGAAGCAGACUAUGGGAAUGGCCAUGUUCAACAUGAUGAGGAACAUUCACAGUCCUAUAAAGAAGUCAAGGAUAAACCUUUUGACGUUAAGUGUGAAUUGAAAUUUGCUGAUUCAGAUGCAGAGGGUGAUUAGAGGAGAAUGUCCUCAAUUUCCAUAACACAAGUACCAUUGAACUGAAUUGUACACACAUUUUUAAUGUGAUAACUGGGUCAGAAAGGGCUACAUGUUGUUAGUUUUUAUAAAUGGCAACAUGGUUAUUUUGCACCAGGACAAAGCAGAGAAUAGUCUUGCAUUUUCUCAGAACCACUCUGUUACACAUUUGUUUUUUGUGUGUUUGUUCUAUUGUCAUUUUAAAUGGCCAGUUCUGGUUCCACAUUGUGAAUUUCAGCAUCUCCUGCCAAGGAUGAUUUAAUACCUGCAUGUACUACUUCGAUUAAUUCCUCUUUUUCAUAGACGAUAGAGCCAUGCCAAAAAGGAUUUAAGUAGCUCCAGCCUCUGCAUAAUUUAACUGCCAUUAAAAAUCUAAUUUCAGUUUAAUUCCAAAUUGGAAAUGAUAUUUAGUUUAUCAGAUUGGUAAAUGAUAGUGUUUUUGUCCAGAUUGGGACAUUUCUUUGUUUCUAAUGAUUUUUAAUGCUUAAUGUAUUGCAGUAGUUGUAUUUUGUCUGGUAGAUUUAGCUGAUGAAAGACAUGUUGGAUCUUUAAAGAAAAGAAGUUCAUUUACCUUGUAGAAAAUGAUAUAUAUUGGGACAAAUCUGGCUAGAUUUGCUUAAGGUUCUCAGGGAUAUGCUUUGGUUACAUGCUUUCCUUUCCUUUUAGAGGCAUUGAUAUAGUUAUCACUUUCAGUAUUUAAUAUUCAUUUUUGUGGUUGUGGGGAAGUUAGUUUUAGAAAAGAGAUAUUUUUAAAAAGAACCUGGACACUGCCAUGUUAACUAGAUUUGUAUGGAUUUAAGGGUUUGGAUUUUUUUUUUCUUUUAAGUGGAUUAUUGUGGGCAAACCAUUGUCACUGAACCAUGCUGGUGUGAGAAGCUUGGGUCGGGCAGAUGUGAUUGGCAAGCAUUUGAUGGACUUCCCAAAAAGACACAGUUCAGUAUGUGAUGUGAUUUUCAACUUCUUUCACAGUUGGAAAGCAAUCAGAUUACACAUACACACACGCACACCAACUUUGCCAAAUAUUUCCACAUUUUCUUCACAACAACCAUGAACUUUUUUAAAGGAGCAACUGGAGAAGGAGACCUGAUAUAAUAAGGAAGUGCUGCCCGCAGAUAUAGCUGCAUUAUCUCUCCUGGGACUCAAAUAUACUAAAUGUGGUUCACAGCAGCACUAUUUGUCUGUAAAAUUCCUUUGUGCUGUACAGUUUUAAAUAUUUGUAUCUCACUGUCUUUGUGUCUCCCGUGUUUUAUGUAAGAAACGGAGCUUAGAAAUAGUGAACAGUUCUCAUUGUUGAGUGGGCAGUAGGCCCUCAAACUUUUUUCCUCAUGAUUGUUGAACUCUUCCUCCAACCCACCCUAAAUGGUCUUAGUGUAAACAGUUUUAUAUUUUGUAUGAUUGUUUACUUUUAUUUUUCUAUUUUUAAUUGUGUGUAAAUGAACAAAAUGAUGAAUAAAUAUUGGAAUUAAUUAUA